AAAAUGGAAACUGCAAUUAAUUAAUUGUAUUAUAUGUACCAUACAAAAUUUUUUUGACUUACUGCAUAGCAAUCAACGCACAAUCCCAAUCAUUGGAUGUACUUUUCAAGUAUUCAAGCAGCAUUGGCUAACUAAUGGGUAAUUCCAUGACGGAAUUUGUCCCGUGCGAGACUUUUUACAUUGAAAAUAACAUAAACUGAAACAAUUUUAAAAAUAAGAAACGGUUAUUUUUAUAGCUCUAGAUAAGUACGUUAAUUAGAGCUAAGAAUGAUUUUUGAAUUUGCUUUCUGUUUUGUGUUCUGUUGUGAUAUUUGCAAAAAUUAACAAAUUCGUACGCAAAACCAAAAAAUGAACGAAUUUAUAUAUCUUAUCGUAAAACAGAACAAGUUCCUAAAAUCAAUCUUAGCUCUAAAUAUAGUGCUUAUCUAAAGCUUUAAGAAUAACAUUCACUUAUUUUUAAAAUUGUUUCAGUUUAUGUUAUUUUCACUGCAGUGCACUGUAAAAAGUCUCGCACGGGACAAAUUCCGUCAUGGAAUUACCCAUAUGUAAGUAAAUGUACCUUGUCACAAAUUGAUUACAACAAUUCGCGGUAAAUUCUGACACAAUUUUCAUAUAAUAUAUGUAUAUUAGAUAUUCUUACAAUAUAAACGUUAUUUUAACAAAAUGCGACGCGGGAAAAUGAGUCAUGGUGACCGCACCAUAAACGAUACAAAUAUCGCUAACGCCAACAACAAAAAAAUACUAUACGAAGUCUUUGUUGGAUUCACUAAAUACCAUGGAAAUAUUCAUAAUCAUUACGAUAGCAUUUCGAUAUCUUAUCGAUCCUUUCAGCCUCCAUGCGAUGAAUGACGAAUUCGAUUGCAAGCGGCGACUGGAAUAAAACUUGAUCAAAUUGUGGUUUUAAUUAUGGAUUUUGUGACUGCUAUUUCAACGGGAGCUACCAUAGAAUAUGCAACACAAAAGUAUGCAUGCAGUUUCAUUGAGACCGUGGCACUUAAUCCGCAUAACUGGUUGAACCAAGUGUCGCAUCAUUUUGUUGGGCAAUGCUUUGAAGUGGUUGGACUCAACUUUAAUGUCACCGUGGAAGACUUUUCGCGAACAUAUGAUCAUCCAUAUCGGAAUAAUAAUUUAACUUAUUUAUUUGCUACAGUGCCAUCUGCACUGAAGGGCGUCGAAUCGUUUCUGGAGCAAUUGCCCACGUUGUUAGCAUAUUUCGGACGUGAGCUUAUAAAGGAUAAGCCAAGCCAUGCAGGUCCACUCCAACGAUUCUACGAGUUGACCCAACCUGUGCCAUGUUACUUGAAAGUGAUAAACGCCUGGACGUUUGUGGUGCGCAGCAUUACCGAUAAUUUACGACAGGAGGACAAUACGAUUGAUAAGUUCCUGAUUGAGCCGCUGGCAAGAUUGUCGUUCAGCAUGCUGCGUGGGCUGGUGAAGCUGUUGCCUGGCUCCAAUGACGCCAUGCUCAAGGAUAUAUGUCUCAGACUCGCUACUCUGGGACGGUACGGCAUAUUCUUCGUGCAGACAUAUGAUUUUAUAUUGUCACCUAUGCUGGACAUAUUUGAACAGCACUUUGAGAUCUUUUGCGAAAGAUCAGCUUUACUUUUCGUCUACUGCGCCUUCAGUUGCGAGAUGUCCGACAAGUCCAGUUUUGUGCAGUUGUAUAAAUUUCUGGAAAAGAUGUUAAAUAUGUUUGCCGAAGGACAGCAAAGCGAUGCAAAUGGCAAUCUAUACUUGCGGCUAUUCACGAACGAACUGAUCACCGACAGAUUUCUUGUCAUACAGUUUGAAACUCUCGAGCCAUACAAUAGCAAUGCUGUGCUCAUGGCAACUCUACAAUAUUUGGAGACGCUGCAAUGUCACUUGGCUAGCACUGAGGCGUUUCCCAUUCGCUUUGUGGAACAAAUAUUGUUGGUGGUUCUUAACGGUUCGGCGACGAAAGCUGUGUGUUCCAAGGCUGCGCAGUUAUAUAUAACGCUGUCAAACCGACAAUACAAUAAGCAAGAGAUUGUAGUGCACAUCAUAGAGACAUUCUUGAAGACUCAGCAUAACUCACGCAGAUGUGCCUCCUACGACCAGGCCAUAAGCUUAUUAAGGAAUUACUUAAAGGUUUUGAUGGAACACUUUGCUGCACUGCAGCGCUUUGGAUACUACAUCAACGUGAUGUAUUCGAACAAUGUGCGUCAUGAACUGGUUCUCUUCACUGCUCAUAGCAUAUAUGCAGUCUUUGAGCUCUACACCAGUCAAUAUAACAGCAAUGCCUUAGCUCGCCAAGAGGUUCAGAUGCUGCUCAGUCAUUGGCCUCGUCUACUUAAACGAAAUGCACAACGUUCGGUAGCUCGUGCAGUGCUCCUUGGCGUUUAUUGCAUCGUCGACUUUAGGACUUUGGCUGAGGAUAACAUAGAGCUUUUAAAAACUCUAGAAACGUUUUGCUUGGACAUGUUUUUGACUGAUGAGUCACUGAAUGGAGCUGAGUUUGCAUCGCUUUUCACUAACAUUUGCAAGUCAAUAGAGGCGACUGGCAGUACAGAGCUGCUCGUAAUGGCUGCCCAGACAUUGCAGGAUCAAUGCGCGGCGAUUUCAGUGCAAUUGAUUUCCAUGGAAGGGGAUGAAGGUCACUCAGAAUCAGAGAAUCCGUUGCAGUCUUAUGCUCAGUGCGUACGACGUCUUUGUGCCCUGCUCAAAGAGAACAAGCUGCGGGGUCAUCAGGUGUGUGAUAUGUACGAUAUGCUUGCGAGCCAACUGCUUAAUUCUGGCAAACGGAAUGAAUGCUUGGAAUUGUAUGGUUACGAGUGUUUGGCCUUAAUGCUAGCACUGCUUUAUGGUGAACAAGACGAAGUUGAACACUUUGAAUUGCAUGGAGAUAAGGUGCUUCAAAUAGCCAAGCAGCUUCGUGAUGUUUGCGUGAAAAAUUUGCGCAAGAAUUUCAUGAAUUUUUCGCAAAACAAGCCAUGGAUUUGUUGCAUUCUCUUACUUCAGGUGGGACUUCAUCAUUGCUUGCCAUUGGAUGCAGCUAUAUAUGAUUUGCUGAUUAACAAAAUCUCUGAUCAAACAUUGGCUCAAGAGGCGCGUGGUAAUAUGUUAUUCUGCGUCCAAAUACAGGAGAUGCACUUUCUCUUUCGCCAACUUCAUAGCAUCUGUCCGAUUCCAUUACCCAGCAAUCGCAUUUGGAAAUCCUUGCUGCAGUUUCAAAUGAUUGUAAAAAUGCCAGACCUUAUAAGUCCGGAGCUGGGUGAAUUAAUUCCAAUUCUAAUUAAGCGACACUUUGUCUCCUACGCUUGUUGCUUGCCCAUCAUUAAUCUGCACAUUUGCAACGAGUCCACAUCCAGGAAGCGUGUCAAUCUUGCACUGGACGCCCACUUUCAACUGGUCGAGCAGCAUGCGAGUGUCAAGGAGGCGUGGCUCCUUAGAUUGUAUGUCUUUAAUGCCUCUCUUGAGAUGUUGGUCAAGAACUUAUCGGCACGUCGUUCAGCCAACAAAGAAGUACGUCAUCGUAAUCAACUCGUGACGUUGCAGCAUCUGAUUUCCCUUGUGUCCACACUGCGUCUUUCGAAUUCCCAUUUCAUGAAUAUUGGUCGAUUACUGUACAGCCUCAAGUCAAUUGCAGUUGGAGAUCAAAAUAAAGAAGAAUUGGACAAAUUUCUGAUUCAAAUCAGUGCUCAUAAGUAUCGCUGCGAGGAUGCUGACGGAGAUACUGACUCCGAAUUGAGGCCAUUGCCGGACGGGCCUUUAACCAAGUGGGAAGCUGAAGUGUUUAGUCCACUAGUCGUCCAAUCUUGAAUAUCUUCGAUGCUGUCGUAAUAUUUUGAAGAAUAGGUAUAUCAAUUUAUAUCGGCCAAACAUUGAUUGAUUGAUUCUAUAUAUAAAGUGCUUAUUAUAAUUAUUAUUCACCCAAGGAUUAUAAUUUUUAACAAUAUCUAAUUAUCGGAAGCAGAAACUUAAAGUUGAUAAUUCUAAAUAACAAUUACAUUAGCAAUUACAAGCCAUAAUGAAAGAAUAUGGAUUAAUGUAGUUUACCUAUCCUAAAUAUUAUUCAGAUUAAAAAGAACAUUUGAUGAAGAAAGCAGCCAUAUAUUAACUUGCGUUAAAUUUACAAAAUAUUCAACAGAUUCACAGAAAAAUACAACUUACCGCAUAUAUUAUAAAAAUAAAUUUAUAAAAUGUUAUUCCUUGAUAAAGAGCUUUAUUAGUCAAUCUUAUUUGCACUUUUCUAUCACUAUGCCAAC